CAUAGUCUGAUGACAGGUACUCUGACUGAAGGUCAUUGCUGUUCUCCAAAAGGAUUUUCCCAGUCCAGGCCUCAGAACUUCACUGUAAGCUCUUUAAAUCACUUUAAAGAGUGGACAGAAUUUGCAACUGUAGGUGAAAAGCUGUUGGUAGAAGAUUUGGGCUGAAAGAGGAAGCAGCUUAAACAGCAACACUAGCUAAGAGAUCUGAUGGAAUGUACAAAACUUCCUCGUUUGCUUCCUUGUUAUUAAAGAAUAAAAAUUGUUGCUAUGGAGAAAGAAAAACUGGAAGAGGUACAAGGACAUCACCGUGGGAGAUCAGCCAAUGGUAUCCAGAAGGAUAGUCCUCCACAGGCAAUAUCAAGCCUGGACGUGAUCUCUGAUGAUGAUUCUGAGGCAUCUGACAGUAAGACCGAGAAAGAAUCAAAAACACGUUACAUUCCUAUUCGAAGAAAUUCCAUAUAUUAUCGUUCUAUCAGACUUCGAAACAAAAAGAAAGCAAGGAGUAGUAAAGAAAUUCAAACAGAACAUCUUGAAGAACGCAAAGGCUCACUCAAAAAUGGUAAUACCAAAAAUGAGCUGAACAAAGAGGAACUGUUGCAUAUAUUUCACAAGAGUCUGUCUCUACACGGAAAAUUGAAUAUGACAGCCACAGAAGAACAAUGGUUUCAAAGGCUGCUCCCUUCCUACCCCGGUUACCGUGGCAACCGCCCGGACUUCCCCGGUCUCACGUCUUCUGCGGAAUCGCUCGGCGGCGGCGGCAGCAGCAGCAGCAGCAGCAGCAGCAGCCGUCCGCUGCCGGAAUCGCUCCUGCUGCCGCUGCCCUCCUCACCGCCUCGCAUGGAGCUGCUGGCUGCCGCGCUCAGCGCCGCCUGCGCCUUGGACCACGAAGGAUCCGCCGAGAGCGUGGCCGCAGCCCGCCCAGCUGACAGCGAAUCCCCCUCCAUGGCGGGGCCAACUUCUUUUCCGGAAGAGACCCCUGAGCAGACUGACUGCCCGGCUGCUUUCCCCGAAGCUCUGCAGAUGAUUCACCCCAUGACCGCAGACUCUUGGAAGAACUUCAUUGAGCAAAUAGGUUUGUUGUAUCAAGAAUAUCGGGAUAAAUCCACACGUCAUGAGAUUGAAACCAGGCGGCUGCAGGACUCCCAGACAGAUACUGAAGAAAGCUCAACUACUGAAGAGUCACCAAUAGAAACUGAAACUGCAAAUGUGUUAGAAAACAAAACUGUCCCCCAGAUUAACUUGCUCAGGAAUUCCACAUCAAGGUUCAAUUUAUGGCAAGAUCUUCCAGAAGUCAGAAGCAGUGGUGUUUUGAAUAUUCUCCAGCCAGAUGAAGUCAAGCUUCAAGAGGCUAUGUUUGAACUGGUCACUUCAGAAGCCUCAUACUACAAAAGUUUGAAUUUAUUGAUAUGUCAUUUCAUGGAAAAUGAUCGACUGAAAAAGAUUUUGCAUCCUUCAGAGGCUCACAUCCUCUUCUCCAAUGUCCUGGAUGUCAUAGCAGUCAGUGAACGAUUUCUCUUAGAUCUUGAGAAGCGAGUAGAAGAGAACAUUGUAAUCUCUGAUGUCUGUGACAUUGUCCAUCAGCAUACUAUUAGCCACUUCUCAGUAUAUGUCACUUACGUGUCCAACCAAACCUACCAGGAAAGAGCUUAUAAACAACUUCUCCAAGAGAAGCCAGCUUUCCGGGAGGUGAUCUUACAAUUGGAACUGGAUCCAAAAUGCAAAGGCCUGCCUUUCUCAUCUUUCUUGAUUUUGCCUUUUCAAAGAAUCACUAGGCUGAAGCUGCUGGUACAGAAUAUCCUGAAGAAAGUGGAAGAAAAAUCUGAACGUGAAAUCACUGCUCUUGAGGCUCACAAGGAACUGGAAAUAGUAGUGAAGGCAUGUAAUGAAGGAGUUAGAAAAAUGAGUCGCACAGAACAGAUGAUCAGCAUCCAAAAGAAAUUGGAAUUUAAGAUCAAGUCUGUGCCCAUCAUAUCUCAUUCCCGCUGGCUGCUAAAGCAGGGAGAACUCCAGCAGAUGAAUGGCCCUAAAACAUCCCGUACACUACGUACAAAGAAACUCUUUAGAGAAAUCUACUUGUUCCUUUUCAACGACUUAUUAGUACUAUGCAGACAAAUUAAUGGUGACAAGUACCAAGUAUUUGAUUCUGCUUCUCGAGGCCUUCUUCGAGUGGAAGAGUUGGAGGACCAAGGACAGAGCUUGGCCAAUGUAUUUAUUCUGAGGCUGCUAGAAAAUGCAGAUGACCGUGAAGUCAGCUAUAUGUUGAAGGCGUUAUCCCAAAGUGAAAUGAAACGCUGGAUGAUUUUGCUGGCUCCAAAUCGACGAACAAAGUUUGUUUCCUUCACAUCCAGACUUAUGGAUUGCCCUCAAGUACAAUGUGUCCAUCCUUACGUGGCCCAGCAACCAGAUGAACUUUCAUUGGAAUUGGCUGAUGUCCUCAACAUUCUGGAAAAGACAGAUGAUGGCUGGAUAUUUGGGGAACGUUUGCAUGAUCAAGAAAGAGGUUGGUUCCCCAGUUCUAUGGGUGAAGAGAUUAUGAAUGCCAAGAUUCGAUCUCAGAAUUUAAAGGAAUGUUUCCGAGUGCACAAAACUGAUGACAGUCAGCGGAGGAAGAUGGGCAGCAGGAAUAGACAAUGAUCAUUACUUAGUCGUCUGUUUUUCAGAAGCUAUUUAUGGCAGAGGCCGAGACAAUGAAAUGUAGUGCUUGAGAGAAUGCACAUGAGUCAUCUCUUGGCAAGCAGAUCCUUUCACCUAUGAACUAUUGGGCUUCCUUGCAUUCUCAUUACAAGCUGGAUAGUCUUUCUGAAGACAGACUGAAAAGAAGAGAGGCUGUCAUUCACCUGUACAGAUGUAGAAGCUGUAAAUGUCUUUCCUAAUGUACUGCAUACUCUGAAGAAUGUAAAUUUAUUAAUUCUGCAUGAUGAGGAAACUAAUCACUUGAGCAACAGGGAAAAUUAUGUCAAAGUCCAUAAAUCCAGCAAUUUGGUUCUUUAGCAUCUUAUCCAAUGGUACAAAAAAGUGCAGCAUUUGAUUUUCUUAUGAAAAGAUAAUGAAGUUGUGGACAAUACUACUUUGAAAGCUUAUACUAUAAAUUAUCAACUUCCAUAUUUUUAUACUCAGGAAGUUUCUCCUAGAACUGAGUUUGAACUGCUCAUGUGAUAAACUAGUUUCCUCUUGUGUUUUGGAAGAAAGGUGGAGGUAACAAAAUGAUCAAGAAGUGCAAUGUUAUGUAGUUAAAAUGCACUACAAUAUUUAUUUACCUGGGUGUCUUCGUUAUGAACUUCCAAGUUCUAGACGGUAAUAUUGAAGCAUGCAAAGUAUAUUUUCUAAAAUAAGAGUCAGUUGGUUGCAGUGGGCCAAUUGGGAACUCAGAUUAUCAUCCUUCUAUUUUUUUGACCUGUGUAGUCUACGCUUCUCAGAAUGAUGUAUGCCAAACCACAUUAUUCAGGGAUGAUAUGGAAUCAAUUAUUCUGUUUUAUAAGAAAUAUUAUUCCCUGUCUAAGCAACCACUAACUGCACUUACUUAUCCAAAGUUAGUUAUCUCAUACACUUACCACUGGGAACCAGGCAGAGUAUAGUUGUAUUUGGAGUUAGUGCCAGAAUGGGGAGUAUAUUAAGACAGGGAUCGCUAACCUCUAGGCUGAGGCUCACUACCGGGCCAUGACCUGUUUGGAAUUGGGUCACAUGAGCAGCUGGCAUGCAGCUCAACUUGUAUGAGUGAUGGACCAGCAUGCCAGCCUUCCACUUGUACAAGUCUAGCUGCGUGCAUGCGCAUGCACCAGCUCGCCCCUCAUAUGGCCCAGUUCCCCUCUCCCUCCCCCAGCCGAGCCACCAAGCCACAAAAGUUGGGGACCACUGUAUUAAGGGUUUUGUCCUAAGCAAAUGCUGCACUAAACUGUAUAGGAGAUUGCAAUAUUUGAGAUAAUAUCCCUUGAAGAGAUUUCUCUGCUUGAGCCUCUUGUAUACACUGAAGCAUUUGCAUAUGUUGAAAAAGAAGUAAAAGAAAAGCAGAGAACAUGUUUUCACAGCCAAAUAAGCUCUUCAUAACAUUCCACACGGGUGCUACAUAUGGUAAGCAUCAGUAACUUAUUCAGAGUCAGAACAGUAAAGUUCUGUCUUUUGCUCCUUUGUUCUGUGGUUGUACAUCCAUAACAACCAAUGCUCAUGCAAAAAAACUCAGCAGGCCCAAGACAAAAGGUGGAUGUUUGUAUUAAAUGUCUCCAAAGUUGUAUCAAAGUAAUAGAAAUGUGAUUUUACUCAUUUGUUGUGCACCCUUAGCAAAGUGCAUGAAAUCUGUACUUUAAACACGUGUACAGGAAAGCCUUGAGCCAAAAGAACAAGAGAUGUCUCAGCAUUUAAUAGAGAGCCAUGAAAAGCAUCAAGAUCCUUCUAACUUUGGAAAAGCCACAGGGUUAGCUAUGGGACCGAGCCUAUUAUAUUAAAAGGUUGUAAAACAUUUUGCAUAUUAAAAAUGUUACAGAAGCAA